AUGGCUGAAGAAGAGCAUUUUGAUGCAUCUGCAUCUGCAUCAGCAUCCGAGCCGGUUGGAUAUCCAGGAGGACCGUCUGAUACAUCUCUGUUAGUUAAAUACGAACAGCAUAUUGCAAACCGUAUAUGGUUCGGUCAAAGAGGGUCGAAAAAAGAGUUAAAGGUAGCGGGGCAUGGAUUGAAGUUGAUGCGGAGGGUUCCACUACAGCUACCCAGAGAGAUGGAGGGCUGGAUAUCUAGGUCUGGUCUAGCUUCACUCCAGAGAACUAGUUUAACAAAGAUAGACACAAACCUAGUUUCAGCAUUUGUAGAGAGAUGGCAUCUAGAGACAUCUUCAUUUCACAUGCCGUUUGGUGAGAUGACGAUUACUCUAGAUGACGUUUCUUGUCUGCUUCACUUGCCCAUCAGGGGAGUCUUCUGGAGUCCUCAAGAUAUUAGUGAAGCGCUUGCUGUUGAGUGGGCUGUUCAAUAUUUAGGAGUGUCACGGAGAGUAGUACAACAACAAAUCCGUGAAUGCAGGGGUUCCUACUAUAAGCUGGAGUGGUUAUAUGAUCUGUUCGUAGAGCACAUAGCUGCAUCUAGAUGGGAUUAUGCCACUAGAGCUUAUUUGCUGAUGUUAGUGGGUUCCACUAUUUUCGCGGACAAGUCGUUUACUCUUGUUGAGGCACGAUACCUGUCACUGUUUAUAGACUUGGAUGGCUUACCAGGAUACAGUUGGGGAGCAGUUGCAUUGGUUACUCUUUACAGAUAUCUCGGAGAUGCUUCUAUGUUCAGCUGUAAGCAGCUUGGUGGUUAUCCGACUCUCCUACAGUGUUGGAUUCAUGAGUAUUUUCCAACGCUUGGAAAAAAAGGAGAGAACUGGAUGCCAGCUAAUAAUGUGGGUCUCCCUCGAGCGAUGAGAUGGUCCUAUAGGCAAGGUUCGUUGAAGGUGGAUGACUUGCGGCCUAUUUUGGACGAGCUGACACCUGCUGACGUCAUAUGGCGCCCAUUCGAGAAUCAUAGAGUAUGGUGUCAGUUUGAUGAGCUAUGUCUAUAUAGGGGGUGUCUGAGGUGGGGUGACACUGUUGUUCCAUAUUUGCCUGACAGAUGUAUGCGUCAGUUUAGAUACCGGCAGUAUAUUCCACAUCCACCUCUAGAUCAUACGAUGGCUGGUGAUAUUGAUGUUGACUAG